AUGACGGACGAAACAUCUGAAUUACUAUCCCAAACAGCGGAUAUAACUACUCGCCGUCGUCGUCACAAGAAGAAGAAAACGACGAAAUCUAAUCUACCACCAUCAGAAGACGCAGCACCAAACCAAUCCGCAGUGCAAUGUUCAGAUAAUGCAGAUAAGAAGUCAUCUCUACCACCAUCUCUUAUUCGUUCAUGCUUUUGUAAACAUCUAUGUUGUAAACUACUGUUAUUUUUUUGUGCGAUGUAUUUAAUUAUGUAUUUAAAGCCGGACUAUUCCCUUCAAAUUCGAAAUUCUUUCGAGAAUAUUCUGAAAAAAUUCAAUUUAACAUCGGAAGAAUUUCAAUUACGGCCUGGUCAACGUUUAUCUCGAUAUCGACAGCCAUCCAUGCCGAUUGUUAUCAUACCAGGAAUUAUAUCAACUGGCUUGGAACUAUGGCGAGGAACAGAAUGUGCGAAAGGGAAGUUUCGUCAUCGAUUUUGGACAUCAAUGCAAAUGGUUAAUAACAUCGGACGAGAUCAUCAAUGUUGGCUCAAACACAUUUCAUUGAAUCUUUCAACUUGGAAUGACCCUGAAUCUAUUUGUCUGCGACCCGUGCUGGGUUGGGCGGCUGCAGAUUAUGUCUUUCCAGGCUAUUGGCUAUGGAGCAAAGUCAUAGAAAAUUUAGCGGAUAUUGGCUACGAUCCAACGAAUUUAGUUACACUAGGGUAUGACUGGAGAUUAACACCACAGGCACUGGAAGAACGUGAUGGUUAUUUUACGCAAUUAAAAUUCUACACAGAAUUUCUUCGGAAAAAACACGGCGAGAAAGUAGCAUUAUUGACACAUUCUAUGGGAGCCAAUUACGUUCUUUAUUUUCUUCGAUGGGUUACGGAAAACGCGGGAGAGCAAUGGAUCGAUGAAAAUGUUGCAACAUUCCUAAAUGUCGGCGGUCCUAUCCUAGGUACACCCAAAGCAUUCAGUGCUGUUCUCUCGGGUGAAAUGAAAGAUACAGCAGUACUGGGUGAUCUUGGAAGAAAUAUUCUUGGAAAAGUGAUUGGCAAACUUGUCGUAUUUCCAAGAUUUUUUCGUGCUUUAGGCAGUGUUCCAUCCAUGUUUCCACGAGGUGGAAGUGAUGUUUGGAGUGAAUGCUAUGGAGCUGACAAGGAUCAGAUGAAAGAAAUGCUGACAUUUCCAAAAGAUGUUUACAAGGGUUUCGCGAAAAAGCUAAAAGAAUUGCGUAAAAAAUGCGAAGAAGAAGAAGACUAUACGAAUGGAUUUGAUUCGAUUCUUGAGGAAAUUUAUGCAAAACCAGAUUUGGUGGAAGAACUCAUGACUAAGAAUCAUACCGUCGAACAAUUUUACGAUGUCCUGAGAGCACUCGCACCACGUUACAUGGGCUUAGUAGACAAAUUCUAUGACAUAGAUGGAACUGAACGCAAAAAGAAAGAUAAUAGUACAAAAGAUAAGUGGAAAACAGAUCCAAGAUACUGGACAGAUCCACUUUCCACGCCAUUGCCUAAUGUGACAAAUCUUAAAAUCUACUGUAUGUAUGGAUAUGUGAAAGAACCAAUGACUGAAUGUGGAUAUUCCUAUAGUUUCUAUCCGCACACUGACCAUUGCUCGAGUGCCUUGAUCUUGUUUAACACUUCGCAUACUGUUGCUCCUCAUAUCAAAUCUGGCGUGUAUCUUGGUCCAGGCGAUGCAACUGUGCCAUUGGUGUCAUUGGGACAUAUGUGUGCAGGCCCGUGGAAACAAGCAGGCGGUUUUCAUAACCCUGGUGGAGUGAAAACAAUCAUUCGUGAAUAUAUACAUAAAACAACGACGUUUGAUAUCUUGACGACGCGCCUUGAAGAUGCUCUCCGCGGUGGCGAGUACGCAGUCACACAUGUGGAAAUUCUUGGCAAUCGUGACUUUUUAACUGAUCUGCUUAUGGUCGUAUCCAAGCCAAUAGUUGGAACGAACCAAACUCGAUUGGUAGUCUCUGAAACUGAUGUGAAUCAAGAUCAAAUAUAUUCGAAUAUACGUCAAAUAAGUGAUAGAAUAAUGAAACGUCAAAAGAAGUAAUCAACACGACGAGAAUACCAGCGAUUAUCAUCGUAUCGAUCUACUUAUCAAAGUUAA